AUGGCUGGACACUCGAGCGGUAUCAAUAACCAACUACAAUAUAAUACUCGGACGAUUAUGAGAUUCAUUCUUCGGACGGUGAUUCUGCUGCUACCCGUUACCGCGGCCUCUCCCAUUUCUGCCAAUCCCGCAGACGUCGCUCUAUCAUCUCUCAAGAAGCGCGAUUGUUACAUGUUUAAUCGUUACAGCCCCGGCCGGGCCUGCCGUGGCACUGGUGAUACUUCAGGAGCGAGGGAAUCCCCAGCGGGGUGCUCACCUAUCAACGCCAAUGGUUGUUCCCAGUUCUCGUUCAAUGGCGGUGGGCAAUGGCGCCUGACGGGAUACCUUGAUCAGCAAUGCACCGGGCAAGAGAUCAUAUGCGUGAAUGGGGGCUCAGUUACAUGGCUCCAGGCACCCGGAAACUGGGCGGGAUACAUCAUCAGUAAGAUCUGA